CAAGGACUGUUUACAACCCUUGAAUGAGGUCACUUUUCCCUCCACCCUUCCCAGUGGGCGCUUCCAAUCCCACUUUUGGCCUAUCGAUUCAGACCAGUUAGGCAAGAUAGCCCAUCCAGUGGCAGCAGGGAAGUCCCAGGCCAAACACUGCCAGGCUGAGGAGGACAGGGCGCCAAGAGCCGGGCAAUGGCCGGCCGUGGAGAGGUGGGGGUGUACCAGGAGCCUGGAAUGAAUACGGCCCCAUCCUCUCCUGUCCCUGAGGCCUGGCUUCCAAGGAGCAGAACUGGGAGCCAGCUGAGACUCAGACCCCUAAGCUAGCAGAGAGGACUUUCCAGGACAGGCGCCCUUCUGAGGAUGGAAGCUAUUUGGGGGGGAGUGGGGAGCGUGUGUCACGUCUGGCUCCACACCCCCUGAAGCCUUGCUCAGGUAGCUGUGUGCACGUGGGCACAUGGAGACCUUGGGGUGCAGGCUGCAGGUUCGAGUUCAGCGGCUUCCUGGAGGGGUCCUGCCCCCCAGGAAGGGGCAGGUGCUAAGGCCAUCCAAGCUUACCGGUGGCGGCUCCCGCUCCCUCUGGGCCUGCGGGGGCGGAAGAGCAGAGCAGCCCAACUUCUGGAAAGUGCGCUUCGGGUGGCUCAGCCUGCUCAGGACACCCCACAGCGGCUGCCCCGCCCACACACCCCGAAUCCUGAGCGGGUUUUGUUUUUGUUUUUGUUUUUGUUUUUUUUACCUCUCCGUCCUUGGGGUAGGGGGCAGGGACGUCACAGAGGCGGCGACAUCACAGGCGCAGGCGCCCACAGCCUCUCCAGCGCCCCCCACAGCCCCCAACCAAAGAGCGCACUGGAGGCGGAGGGGCAGCAGCCACCAGCCCGCUCCCCGCCUCCCCGACAGAGCCUCGAUCAGCAUGGGGGUGACAGGUGCCAGUGGAUUCCCCUGCUGUGGCAAGGAGUCAGUGGACAUUGUGGAGACGCAUGACCUAAACCAACAGCAGCCAUUCGAAGAGGAAGAGGAGAUGGAGCUGGAGAAAGAAUUGCUGGAACUGGAGCGCUCUCACAAAGUGGACCUGGACAUAGAGCACGAACUAGAGCAGGAACUAGAGCGGGAACUAGAGCUGGAGACUGGGCUCGAGCCGGAGCCGGAGCUGGAGUCAGAGCCGGAACUGGAACUGGAGCCAGAGCCGGAACCGGAGCCAGAGCUGGAGCCGGAACUGGAACCGGAGCCAGAUCCGGAGCUGGAACUGGAGCCAGAGCCUGAGCCCAGGGACCCUGAGCAGCCGGAGUCUAGGACAGAGUCCCUCCAGCCCCACACGCCGCGGUACACCAGCCUCUGGAGUGUGAGGUCUCAUUCUAGCUACCUGAGUUUGCCAGAGGAGGACCAGGUGUCCACCAACCAUCGCUCUAUCCGCGUGCAGACCUCUAACCAUCUCUUCUGGGCAGACAAACACAUCCAGGCCUCAGAACGCAGCCUGCGACGGGCGAUCAGCAAUAACAUAGGUAAGCCCACUAGCUGCCAGGACCAGAAGUCUGACCUCGAGGAUGCCUGUGUGUGCUGCAUAAAGCAAAUCGAAAACCCCAGUGCCCAGCCAGCGCCGCCCACCGCUGACUCCCAGCAGCUAUCAAACCCCCCACCGCCCUCCUCCAGUCCCUCACCGGGCAUCGACCUGGCUGAUCUGGUCAACUUUGCCUCUUCCUUGGCCGUGGCCUCCUCCAGCAAAAUGGACUUGCCCAACUUGGAGCACAUGAUCAAAGCUCUGCCUCAGAAGGCCGAGGCACCUUCUACAGAUCCCACCCCCCAGCUGGUGAUGGACCAGCCAGAGAAGGAAAAUCUCACUAAGGACUUGAUGGAGAAAACUCUGGAAACUGAGGAGUCACAGAAAGCUUGGAAACAGGAAGACAAGAACGUCUUCCGCCCUUACCUGGAUUUCAGCAAGCCGGGGAUCAAGAGGGCCACCAUAAAAGGAGAAGUGCAGCUUCUCCAGCAGCCGGCCAGGUCCCCUCCUCCUAAAGGAGCCGUGAAGGGCUCGGUGCCGGGAACCAGGAAAGGGAGUCCAUUAUUGCUGAAAAUCCAUUUUAAGGUGUCGUCCCCCACUUCCCCAGUGAAAUGACUAGACAAAACCAGUAAAAGCCUCCAGUGCUGGC